AUGUGCCAAUUCGAAGUCAUCCACUUCCACUGCGGCCACGCCGGCCGUCGUCUGAUCAAGCACUGCCACUUCGCUCGUAAUGACCCCAACCACGCCUGCUUCGGCGCCUGGCAGAUCAAGCGAGAGUGGAUCAGCGCCAACCAAAUCUGUCAGCAAUGCGGCCAACAAGCUAUGAUGCGUCGUGCUCAGCAGGCACAGCUGCGUCUAUGA